UUAAAGCUGCAGAUCCUUCUGGAGCAAAGGUCUGUCGGACUGUUUUCUGCCUUGCAUACGGACUUUCAGUUGAACUUUACGGGUGAAACCUGUGUAUGAUGGGGAGCAGAGGAAAGGGGAUCUUGGAGCGACUGAACGCUGGAGAAGUGGUCGUAGGUGAUGGAGGUUAUGUGCUGCAAUUAGAACGACGUGGUUAUGUAAAGGCUGGACACUGGACACCUGAGGCUGCUGUUGAACAUCCUGAAGCAGUGCGGCAGCUGCACAGGGAGUUCCUCAGAGCAGGAGCCAAUGUGCUUCAGACGUUCACCUUCUACUGCAGUGAGGAUAAACUGGAGAUCAGCGGCAAUGUGACCAACAUCACAGGAGCUCAGAUCAAUGAGGCAGCCUGUGACCUGGCCAGAGAAGUCGCCAAUGAAGGAGAUACACUGGUCGCAGGUGCUGUUUCCCAAACUCCCUGUUAUCUGAACAGUCAGAACGAGACUGAGGUCAAGGCUAUCUUUAAGAAACAGAUGGAUGACUUCCUUAAGAAGGACAUAGACUUCUUUAUAGCAGAGUUUUUCCGUUAUGUGGAAGAAGCAGCAUGGGCAGUGGAGGUACUGAAGACCAGUGGAAAACCAGUGGGUGCAACACUGUGCAUUUCCCCUGAAGGAGACAUGAGUGGAGUCCCACCUGGAGAGUGUGCUGUCAGACUGGUUAAAGCUGGAGCUGACAUUGUCGGAGUGAAUUGCCACUUGGAUCCUUUGACAUGCAUCCGAACAGUGAAGCUGAUGAAGGAGGGAUUAGAGAAAGCUGGUCUAAAAGCCCAUCUUAUGAUCCAACCAUUUGGAUUCCACACUCCUGAAUGCAACCUCGGUGGAUACGUUGACCUGCCAGAGUAUCCCUUUGCACUGGAACCCAGAGUAGUGACUCGCUGGGAUGUCCAUAAAUAUGCCAGAGAGGCUUACAAUGCUGGGAUCCGCUACAUUGGUGGCUGCUGUGGAUUUGAGGCGUACCAUAUCAGAGCUAUAUCAGAGGAGCUUGCAGCAGAGAGAGGAUUCCUACCACCAGCCUCAGAGAAGCAUGGGCUGUGGGGUGCUGGUUUGCAGAUGCACACCAAACCCUGGGUCAGAGCCAGGGCUCGUCGAGAGUACUGGGAAAACCUUUUACCUGCUUCUGGACGUCCCACAUGUCCCUCAAUGGCCAAACCAGAUGGUGAAUGAAGAGACAGAAUCAUAAUCAAACAUGUCAUAGUCAUCUGUUUACAGUAGAGAAACACAAAUGUAUCAUCAUUUAUGUCUGAUCAGAUGUGAUUUUUUUUUUCUCUAAUCACUGUGUAUUGGCUAAUCAUGUUAGGAAUCAUAUUAAUGCUGCUAAUUUUUUACUUGCCACAUUUAAUAAAUACAAUUUUUUUAGUCCUUCAUAAGAAAGUUGCCUCUCUGUAUUUUAUGUACUUCAUAAAUAUGUGGACAGAGAAA